AUGGACGGAUCUAACCUGCCUGUCGUACCCGCAUAUGGAAAUAUAGAUGAUGAAAUUGAUGACGAUAUUUUCUUUUUACUGAGUGCGAUUGACUCAUCAGACGACGAUGAAAACACCAAAAUGCCGCAACGCAACUUGCCAUUACGAGGGGGCAUGUACAUAACAUACAUGCUGAACGGUCACCCAGAGCCGUGUUUUCAAAUGUUUCGUAUGGAGCCACCAGAUUUUAUAGCUUUGUGUUUUGAGUUGAGGGAGCGCCGACUCAUAGAGAGUACAAGGAAUCUUGAUGUUGAGGAAAGUGUUGCUAUAUUUCUUGUGCUUACUGGGCACUGCCAAGGGCAGCGGAUCGCUGCAGAUCGCUUCCAACACUCCACGGAGACAAUAAACCGGCAUUAUAAUAAGGUGUUGAAAGCACUGGGCCAUCUGGCCAAGGUUUACAUCAAAGUGAGACAUAGGACUGGGGUGCACCCACAUGUACAGGGUAAUCCUAAAUAUUAUCCUUGGUUCAAGGAUUGUAUUGGUGCAGUCGACGGCACACACAUAAAGGCCCAAAUCCCGGCUGAGCACCAACGCCUCUAUCGUGGCCGGAAAAAGGAAUGCACACAUAACAUUAUGGCAAUAUGCGAUUUUGAUAUGUUAUUCACGUUCGUGUACGCUGGCUGGGAGGGAACCGCGAACGAUGGCCGGGUUUUCAAGGAUGCUGUUACAACUGACCAAGGCUUUGAGUGGCCUACAGAUGGGCACUAUUAUGUGGCUGAUUCUGCAUACCCAUGCACACGAGGUUUCUUGCCUCCGUAUAAAGGGGAGAGGUAUCAUCUCUCCCAUUUUCGUAAUAGGCCUCUGCCCCGUGGGUACAAGGAACUGUUUAAUUUCAGACACUCCUCACUACGAAUGAUGAUUGAGAACUGCUUCGCUAGAUUAAGGAGGAGAUGGCGUAUUUUGUACGAUAUGCCUAGGUACUUAUUGACACGUCAACCUGGCAUUAUCAUGGCAUGCUGUACACUGCACAACUUCAUCGGGACACGUAAUCCAAAUGAUCAAAUAUUCAACGGCACUGAUGCAGCAGAACCAGAGACGAGUGAGCAGCCUUAUGCAUAUGGCAACAAUGAUGAGGCAGGCCCCUCGCAUUCGGGACAGUAUGACUUCUCAUCUGCAGCUGGCAUUGAAAUGGCCAAUUUUAGAGAAGGCAUUGCACAAGCAAUGUGGGAUAAUGCACAUGGAAACGAAGAUGGAGAUAAUUAA